UGAAGGCAUUACCUGUCAUGAAGUUACCUUAUCAGGUCUUUAUUUUAUAUAAAUAGUUUAAUUUAUGUGUCACAACAUACAUAUGUAACAUGCAUCAGCUCUAAUGUACAAAUGUUUAUUGAUCCAUCAGGUGGUUUGAAGUUUUCGACAGAUUUUACAUUUUUUGUUGGUGAAGUGAAGUAAAAGGAUUUUAAAACCGUAUUUCAAUUCAGUCAUUCCCACAGGACGAAUUAAAAGGAUUAAAAUAGUUGAUCUAGAAUGACAGGAAGAUUAAGGUUGCUAGGAAACACAUCUUUAGUUGGAUAAGUUACGUAACAGUGAAAGCGAUGGCCACACCAGCAAGACCAGAUUAUAUUGACCUGCCGUGUAAAAAUAAGGUCGUUUUUUCUCCUCUGUCGGAGUUGGACAUGACGUCCACACCUGGAGGUCAGAGUCUAGGUCAAAGGUCAUUAGGUGUAGAGAGUUCAACAAGUGGAUAUUCAGUUAGUAGUGCCUCAAAGUUGUUAAAAGGUGGUACAGAACGCGAUAUUAUCAUAGACAACCAGUUAUGCCAGAUUCCAUUGUCUGCGGAUGAUCGACAGUGUGGAAUAGGGAAAUUCCGGCCACAGUGUAUUCAGUAUUGCGCAAAUAUAAAAUUAUUUGUGAUUUUUAUGUGCAUUUUAAUAACAAUGUCAGGAACUCUGUCGACAGGGUAUCUUAACAGUGUGAUAACUACGAUCGAAAAACGCUUUGAAAUCGGAAGUUCGAUAUCAGGCUUAAUUGCAGCGUCUUAUGAAUUUGGGAGUUUAGUUGCUGUUGUAUUUAUUUCUUACUUCGGAGGACGACGUCACAUACCCCGCUGGAUCGGGAAAGGUGUGAUACUGAUGGGUUUUGGUGCUCUUUUGUUCGCUCUACCACAUAUCAUUGCUAAAAAAUAUACAGUUCAUCAAGGAAUUAUAUCAAAUAGUACCGAUGAAAACAUUUGCAAGAUUGUUGGAUCAAAACGUUCUGAUGAAAAUUGUAUUGACAAAAAUGCUGGCAAUCUUACAUACGUUUUAAUUCUAAUAACAGCGCAGAUAUUGAUAGGAACUGGUGGAACCCCGAUAUUCACCCUCGGCACUACAUAUAUCGACAAUCACGUCCCUAAAGACAAGGCACCAGCCUACCUAGCAUUCACUUAUGCUACUGGAGCUUUAGGGCCUGUUGUUGGAUACGCCCUUGGUGCGCUCUUGUUACAGUUCUAUGUAGACGUAUUUAGCUACAAAGUGGACCUUUCCCCGGCCCAUCCCAGGUGGAUCGGAGCCUGGUGGGGCGGGUUCAUUAUCUGUGGUGUGGUACUGUUCUGUAUAGCCGUGCCGUUCCUGAUGUUUCCACAAGUGCUAGUGGAGGAGAAGAGGAAAGUGCUCGAGAGCAAGGCUCGGGAAGACCUGCUGAGUCCGAGCACCGCGGAGGGCCAGACAAACAGUGAGGAUUAUGGGAAGGAUGCUAAAGACAUUCCAAAGUCCAUUGCAAGUCUGCUGAAGAACAAGAUCUACCUGGUAACAAGUUUUGGCAUCUGCUGUGAAAUCUCUAUAGUUAGUGGAUUUGUAGUUUUCCUGCCGAAAUAUAUUGAGACGCAAUUUGGGACAUCUAAAUCUGAGGCCUCGCUUUUCACAGGUGGAAUAGCAAUACCUGGUGCUGUUUUUGGAGUGCUUAUGGGAGGAUUCCUGCUGAAGAGGUUUCAGAUGGGACCUAAAGGUGCGAUACAGCUGACAAUCUUGCUUGAUCUUUUAGCACUGAUUGGAUGCGGAUUUUUCUUUUUCCUUGGCUGUGACAAUCUAAAAAUUGCUGGAGCCACAUUGCCUUACUUUAACAGUUCUGGUUAUAAUCUAGUGGAAGAUUAUGAAUUUGAAGCUAACCUGACAUCUACGUGUAACAUGUACUGUGAUUGUUCAAACAAUGACCUUGAACCUAUAUGCGGCAUCAACGGUUUGACCUACUUUUCACCAUGUCAUGCAGGCUGCACGCAGUUCAACACCAAUGAAGUGGCACCCCAUGAAAAAAUUAUGAACUUCACAGGAUGUUCUUGUAUCUUAGGUGACCAUCUAGCGUCCGAGGUGAUCAUGUCUCCAAUGGCUACGAGUGGUCCAUGUAAAUCAACAUGUAAAAACCUUCUACCAUUCCUCAUAUUACUUGUGUUCAUGACAUUCUGUGUGGCUGGUACACAAAUGCCUAUAUUAAUGGUUACCCUCAGGUCAGUGAGAGAGGUUGAGAGAUGUUUUGCCCUGGGUAUGCAGUUUGUGAUAUUAAGACUUUUUGCAUAUAUACCUUCCCCAAUGGUGUUUGGACAUAUCAUAGACUCGGCCUGUUUAUUGUGGAGGGAAAAAUGUGGCGGCAAUGGUUCUUGCCUGUUGUAUAACAUAGAAAUGUUCAGAUACAGAUAUGUGGGAACCUCUGCUGUAUUGAAGCUUCUAGGCGGGGCCUUAUUCAGUAUAGUGUGGAUUCUGAUCCGGCGUAAAAACAGAAGAGAGAAAGAUAAACACAACAAAGGUCUCAGUGUUGGUGAAAUGAUGAACUCUGUUGUCUCCAUCAACAAACUUGAUCUGUCAAGUAACCCAGAAGCUAGAUGUAAGGGAGGUAACUCUGCAGAUGGAGCAUCUGAUGACUCGGAUGAUGAGGCAGAUUUCAAGCUUCCAGUAGCCACAGAUCUGGAACCAGACGACUUUGAAUUUGAGGGUAAAGUUGAAGAAGUUGAGAGUAAAAAUAGACCGAAGAUUGAUAAAACCAGGGAAUCAAAACUUUAAAAGAGUUAUCUCACGUUUUACAAAGCAUUUCAUUUGUUCUUAGUUAAGUGCAAUAAACUUUUUUUACUUGUUGUAAUGAAAAGAAUUCACUCUCAAAUCCAGUUCUUUUAAUUUAGGUACUUUGGUGUAAUUUAUUUUACAAUACCAACCAGUCAUCCUUACAACUAAUUAAAGAUGUAUAUCCUUUAUUAGAUUAUAAAUAGAUUUUAUAAGUUCUAUAAAAUGGAUUUAAUAUACAUAUAAAAAGAUUUUAUAAGUUCUAUAAAAUAUAAAAUAUCAGGAUGUAAAAUUAAUGCAAUAAAAACUUUAUCAGUUGCUACAUAUCUUUUUAAAAAUAAUAAUUUUGACAUAGAUAUAAUUCCCCAUAAGUCAAAUAUUAUACAAUAGUUUUGUUUUUCUUCAGAUAUAUGAAGUUAUGAAAUAUAAACAAAUAUAGAUAUACUUUUUUAUCUUGUCUCCUGUACUUAUAUAUUGAUCAAAAUUUACAAUUCUGGAGAAAUGUUUACAAAUCUUAGAUUGUAGUGUUUUGUACACCAGAAUGUCCAUAUACAGUACAUUUAGUAGAGUAGUUGUAUUUGAUUUGUGGAGAAAAAAUAUUUUGGGAGUCAAGGAUGUCAUCUUGAUUUUGUACAUAUGUAAAUAAAAAACAAUUUUAUAGUGUGAUAUGUUAAGAUCAUUAUAAAUCAUUCUUUAUAAUGGUUUGAUUUUCUUUAAAUUUGUGUUUGUUUCCUUUUCAAAAACAUGUUUUCUUAUAAUUUAUUUUUAUAAUCUUUUGAAAAUACUGAUUUUUUUUAACGUUUGAUUUUAUUACUUUAUUCUACUUCAGUUUAACUUUGAUUUGAAUUAUGUUUUGUUUGUUUCUUUUUUGUAGAAAAAACAACAGCAACAACUCUUCAUUUUCUUUAUAAAGUCAGAUUUUAUUCAAUUUAUUUUUUACUGAUGGAAAUUAAAGGUACAAAAAAAGUUUACACUCAAGUAGCUGAUAUAAUUAUAUGGUAUAUAAGAUUUUAAUUGUCAUUGAAACCAAAUAAACCUUAUUGUGAAAACACAACAAUUGUCACUGACAUUUAAUUACUUUCACAGAUAGUAGACUAAAAUCUACUGUUCAUUCUGAAAUUAUUUCCAUUUUUCUAAUCGCCCAAGAUUUGUAAGAUAAGCAUAGUUAGAUGGUUGGGAGAGAAAUCGUCUCCUUUUUUGAAAUAUUCACAAACUUUGAAAUACUUUUACUUAAACCAUCUGUACCGACUUUUCUCUGAUUAAAAUUUCUUUUUAAGUUUUCAUUCUUUAGAACCAAUUUUUUCUUCUUCUUUUUUUUUUCAAAAUUUUUCUUUUUUUCUAUAAGUUCAGUUUAGCAAGGUUUCAUUUCAUUAUAUUGACAUAGAACCAUAACCUGAUAAAAGAUUCCUUCCAGAUGAAAUUUCAAGGACCACAUUUCCAAUGAUGUUUUAUAUCUUGUGUAUAUUACAAUUUUUAUUGACCUUUUUGAACCAAUAUGCUGUGACUAUUAUAUAUGUGAUAUAUUUGAUGUAUAAUUAUAUAUGUGUGUGUUUUUUUGGUUAUUUGAGUUCAUAUUUUGUUCAUUUUUCGUCAUUUUGAACAUUUUUAUGGACAUAAAGAUAAGUAAAUAUAUGUCUUAUGCUUGAAGGUAGUCGUGCUUUUUUUAAAAAAAGGUGAAAUCAUUUAGAAUGAAUUUUGCUUAUCAAAAGAAUGAAAAUUUUUGCUCUCCAAAAAUAAAAACAUAUAUUUCUUGGUGUGAAAUUUCACCCUGUGUAAUCAAUAUUUUUUGUAAAAAAAUAUUUAACAGGUUAUAUAACUCACUAUAAUUAGUUAUGCUUAUAUAACCUGAACUGCCAUUGUUUAUAAAUGGUCAUAUAAACCCUAGAAAGUCUUUAUAAAACUCUAAAUAAAAUAUUGCACAGUGGCUUUAUUUUGAUUGGAAUGAAAAUAAAACAAUAAUUUUGUAGCAAGCAUGUACAUGGUGUAUAAAUAAUAUAAACAUCACAAUCGUCCAAUGAGAAUCAUUGUUACAUAUUCAAUGUUCAUUGUCAUAUUAAAAAGAUAGAAAGAGUAAGAGAGAUAGUGCUGUGGAGUUGUGAAUGUAUAAAGAUGAAAAUUUAUGUUCACGAUACUUUGAAAAGCAACAUCAGGAUCAAACUUCAUAUUUCAUAAACUUCUCCUUGCUGUAUACUGCAAGGUUUUAUAGAUAAUACAAAUUUGAUUGUGCACUUGAACUGAAAAACGAUAUUAAAAUUUCAGAAGAUUUUCUUCCUUUUUUUUUAGUCAGACAUUUUUGACAAGUCUCCCAGUUUAGAAAGAAAACUUUCCAAUUUUAAAUGAGCUUACCAAACAGUUAUAUUUUUUGAUAAUUUUUUAAAUUUUUAUUAAGAAUUAUUGGUCUGUAUGCAUAAAAGCAAUAUUAAACUGUUACAAAAUCUUAGGUUCUCCAGCUAAAACUCAGACCUUCCAAACUAAGCCAUCUUUGCUUGUAUAGACUUCAGACACUUUGCAAUAACCACCUUUGACAUCACGGGAGGUUUUCAUCCUUAAUUAUAACAACAUCACUGAUACAAAGAAUUGUUCCUCUAAUGACUUCAGAGUAGUGAAAACUGAAUAAGGAACAAGUUUGAUUCUGAUCUUGCAUUUUAUUUUGUGAACAUGGAAGAUUUAUAUAUGUAUAGUUUGUAUUGACCAUGUUGUUUGUAUAAAAAUAUUUGAUAUUAUUCAUAUAUUUACCCCAAAUCAAUGCAAUUUCUUUAGAUGUAUCAAAAUUUAUGUUACCCUGUUUAAUAUAACCAGAAUUUAUUCAUGUUGAAAUGAUAUUUUUUUUGAUACUGUAUAUAUAUAGAUUGUUUGAAACCUGUUUGUUUUCAAAAUUUGAAGAAAUGUAAGUUAAGUUUGAUAUAUUUACAUAACAAUGCAAAAUGUAUAUGAAUCAAAAAUGGCAAACAGACCAAAGCCUACACAUGUUUAUUCUUCUUUUUUUUUUCUUUUUUUUUUUUGAAAAAAUCUGUAUUUUUUUUAGUACAUGAUAAAUACAGAAACAUAAUAAAACAAAUAACAAGGGUGUGAAAGAUUGAAACAAAAAAGAGUAAUGUUUGACCUAACUGAGAAAGUGUAUGAAAAAUGACAAUUGCAUAAGAAGUUCCAGUUCAGGUCUCCCUGCCUGCCCUCUUAAAAAUAUUUUUGCCUUUCCUGUUAAGCACAGGGCUGCCGAUUUUCCGCGAAUCCGCGGUUUUCGUGAGCUCCUGGGUCAUUUUUGAGAUCGAUGUAAAUUCGACAAAGACAAUAAAUUCAUUCGUCAUAUUUUAUACAGUACCCAAAAACGGGCACGCUUCGGCUUUUAUCGUUACGCUAGCCGCCUAUGGUACGUCUGUAAGCGCUUUUCUCAUUGGUCAAAUCAAGUCUUUUCCAGCAUUCUAUUUUAGAAUAACCAAUCAAAUUACAGUUGACAUUGUCCCUCUUGUCUGUUGUCAAAAUGUCGGAUAUUUGUUUUGAGGGCUGAUGAAAACCUGAAGUCCAACUAAAGUGUCUCUGAAUGGCUUUAAAGGCAACCAAGGAAGUCAAAUUUAGAGUCCAGGAAAUUGAUUUUAGGGCAUACCAAAUCAUCAGAAUCCAGGAGCUUCGCCCCCUGGGCCCCCCGCAUAUUUUCCGCUGAUUUUGCAAUUUGCUGUUGGCAGCCCUGUAAGCAAAUAUAAGUCAAAGUUUGUUAAACUUUCUAGGAGCAGUACCAAUGCCCAUUAGACACCCUUUCUGAUUUUGAGGUCAUAGAAUCGAGGUGGUCAAGGUCAUAGUGGUCUUUAUUGUGUAAUCUUUAACAAAUAAAAAAAGAGUGUCUCCAGUCAUUAUGAUGUUUGUUAAACUUGUUACUUAAAAUGAUAUUUAAAUAUAUAUUAGUUAUUUAUAAAACUUGAUCUUUAUGAAACUAUGACAGGCAAAUGAAAUCUUGCCAUAAGUAUCUCAUGGACACGUUUCUUGUUUUUGUUUUAUCCACUUGUCAAUUGUAUAGUAUCUCAUAUAUUUCACCUUUGUUUAAAAUUUUUUCGCAUGUAAAUUUAAAGUGAUAGUAAACUUUUUAUCAGCACUUUUAAGUAUUUCAGUUUUAUGUCUAUCUUGCAGACAUAUCAAACAUAUGGAGGCCUUUGAGCAUACAUUUUUUUAUCAGGCCUAAUUUAUUUUACCUUAUGUUAGUAUUCAGGUCAUAGUUUUAUUUAGGUUUAAUUCUUAGCAUUUUGCCUAGUUGUUCUGAUAUUGGUGCAACAAUUUAUAGGUACAGCCGUUUAUUGCAAAAAACAAACAAGUCUGUGUUUUGCAAUAUGGAUGGACUGUGUAAUUAUAUCACAAUAUAUUGCAAUUUUGGAUUGAUCAUAUUGUUGCGCCCCUAUGUGAUGAACCAUGAACAUACUUAGUCAUAUUUUGUUAUUAUGUAAUGUUGUAUAUAAGUUUGUUAUGUAUGUGUUAUUUUGUUAUAUAAAUGUAAUUUUGUUAUGUUAUUUGUUGGCAAUCUCAUUGUUGAUUUUUUCAUAGUUUUUGAACAUAAUCUUGCCAUUUUUAAAAAAGGAAAAUCGGAAUCAUUGUGUUUUUUUGUAAUCUAUUGUGGAUAUGUUGUCAUAGUAACUCUUUAAAAUGGUAUGUAAAAAGUUGAAAUGUGGUGUAAUAAUGUAUUUGUUUCAUUUUGUUAGAUAAAGGAUCAAAAUUUGAAGUCAAGGAUUUUUUUUUAUUUUCGAGUCUUAUAUUUUCCUGCAUCAAUUUAAGUGCUUAGUUGAAUUUGCUUUUAGAGCCAAGGUUAGGUAUUUGCAUACAGUUCUAAAAUUGUGUUUUAAUUCAUAUUAGUUAAUUGAUAACAAAUAUUGUUGAAAGUAUCCUACAUGUCCUAAAGACGAUAAUAAAAUUUGAAUGUAAGUGUAACGUCACAUUGUUAAGUCAUUCAAGCAAUUUACUAGUGCUGAAGAACAAAACUGUAUCCAGUAAGAUAAGUCAUUUGUAAGUAAUUAGUAUUACAAAGAACAUAUGUAAAUAAGUAUUGCAAAAAACAUAUGUAAAUACUUAGUAUUACAAAAACAUAUUUUGCCCUGUGUUCUUGAAUUCAGUCAUUGAUAUUUUUAGCUGUGUAGUUGAAUUAAUGCAUUGAAAAUUUUGACUACUUACUUGUGUUUAGUCAUUGAUAUUUUAGUUAUGUAUUUGUAUCCAUUAAUUGAUAUUUUUAACUGUGUACUGGAUAACAGUCAGUGGUAUUUAAGCUGUUUACUGGAUAACAGUCAGUGGUAUGGACCUUUCCAGUGUUUACAGUUUUAUGUAAUUGGCUAACAUGUUAUCCAAUUGCUACACUGAGAUAAUACAUAGUCACUGGUUGACCUGGUUUGCACAAAAUAAAACAGGAAAGGUCCAUUUUAGCUGUGUACUGGAUAACAGUCAGUGGUAUUUUAGCUGUGUACUGGAUAACAGUCUGUAGUAUUUUAGCUGUGUACUUGAUUACAGUCAGUGGUAUUUUAGCUGUGUACUGGAUAACAGUCUGUGGUAUUUUAGCUGUGUACUUGAUUACAGUCAGUGGUAAUUUAGCUGUGUACUUGAUUAUAGUCAGUGGUAUUUUAGCUGUGUACUUGAUUACAGUCAGUGGUAUUUUAGCUGUGUGCUUGAUUACAGUCAGUGGUAUUUUAGAUGUGUGCUGGAUAACAGUCAGUGGUAUUUUAGCUGUGUACUGGAUAACAGUGGUAUUUUAGCUGUGUACUUGAUUACAGUCAUUGCUAUUUUAGCUGUGUACUGGAUAACAGUCAGUGGUAUUUUAGUUGUGUACUGGAUAACAGUCAGUGGUAUUUUAGCUGUGUACUGGAUAACAGUCAGUGGUAUUUUAGCUGUGUACUGGAUAACAGUCAGUGGUAUUUUAGCUGUGUACUGGAUAACAGUCAGUGGUAUUUUAGCUGUGUACUGGAUAACAGUCAUUGCUAUUUAAGCUGUGUACUGGAUAACAGUCAUUGCUAUUUUAGUUGUGUACUGGAUAACAGUCAUUGCUAUUUUAGUUGUGUACUGGAUAACAGUCAGUGGUAUUUUAGAUGUGUGCUUGUUGAUAACAGUCAUUGCUAUUUUAGUUGUGUACUGGAUAACAAACUGUUCUUGUAUUCAGUCAUUGAUGUUUUAACUCUGCAUUAACUCAUUUAUAUUGUUUAGUUGUCAUGAUGAUUGUUGACAUUUGAGAACAAAGAUUCAAUUAAGCAUUAACCCUUAAUCUUUCACUUUAUAUAUUGUAUACCUUACUUAGCACUUGUAAAUAAACCAGACCAUGUGAUAAUUGUCCUAACUUAGCGGUUGUUAAAAGUGGAUCUCAACUGAAAUACAAUGAUGAGUAAGAAAAUUGCAUACUUUAUUUGAAUUGGUUUAUACAUAACUCCGUUUGAUUGAGACACGUAAAGCCUAACAUGAAAAUAUUCCAUAAAAUAAAAUUAAAAAACAGGUCUGAAAUAAGCAACCUUUUGACAAAAUUGUAUUUUGAAAAUGGAAGGAUAUUAGUUUAUAAUUGUGUAACAUGUUCGAGAAAAUAUUCAUUGACGGAAAUGCUUUGUGUUUGUAAAUAUCUGUUUGUGACAUUUUAUUGGUAGAUAAUGUGAAUCUAUAUUAUUGUAAAUUCUGUUUGAUGAAAAUCUUUAAAGACAACAACUUGAUAUAUACAUUCUAAGCAUUUACUCUAUAGAAUUUGAAGUACAGUGUAUUUAUUUGUCAGUUAAUAAUGUCAAGGUCUGAAAGAGUCAAUUUGUAGUGUGGUUUUGGUAAGAUAAGUUUGAAUUUGCAUUUAAAUGUUUUGAAAAUUAUGAUAAAAAAACAUUCUGUGUUGAUUUAAAUAUGUGAUGCCAAGUUGUUACUUGUUGAAUCAAAAUAAACACCAAAAAGACAA